GUGAAAACACAUUAGGAGACUGAAGCUGACAACGUUGGCUGCAUCUUUGCACAGCUGAAAUUUGCUGCACAGCUCCCAGAAAGAGGUUUUAACAGGCAAAAAGGAAGGAGGGAAUUUCAAAACUGCACCACGAAAAGAGUGGAUAAACCUGGCACUGCUUCAAAUGACUGCUUUAGAAGAAUGAAAGAAGAGGCUGUGGGCUUCCUGCCAUCCAAAAUGUCUUUAGAGGAGAGAACUGCCAGAGAUGUGGCUGAGAGUGAGGUGGAUUGCUCUGUGGGACUGGAUGAGGUUGUCCUGGGCCGCAUUGCCAGCUUACCUCUGGAACCAUUCCCACCCAAAGACUUCAGAGGGAAGUUUAAAAAGAUGCGCCAGAAGAAGAGACCCACCAUUCUAGAAACAUCACCCGUGGGGAACGGAUACAGUAAACCUUCCCUCCCUCCGAUCAGCUGUCCUCAGGGAGAGAAAGGUCCACCAGCCAUGAUGCCCAUCAGCAUUGACCCAGAGAGCAAGCCAGGCGAAUAUGUCCUCAAGAGCCUGUUUGCUAACUUCACCACCUUAUCUGAGCGCAAGAUCCGCAUCAUCAUGGCUGAACCACUGGAGAAGCCAUUAACAAAGUCACUACAGAGAGGAGAAGAUCCUCAGUUUGACCAAUUGAUAGGCACCAUGAGCUCAUUGGCUGAGUAUAGUCUCCCCUCCAUCCUGCGCACUUUGUUUGACUGGUACAAAAGACAAAAUGGACUCGAGGAGGAGCUGCAUGAAUAUCGGCCAAGAUCCAAUACCAAGUCCAAAAAUGAUGAACAGCUGCGAGAUUAUCUACUUGAAAGGAGGGAUUUGGCUAUUGACUUCAUCUUCUCUCUUGUACUUAUAGAAGUUUUGAAACAGAUGCUGCUCUACCCAGCACUUGACAGUUUGGUCAGUGAAGUCAUUAACUUAGCUUUCAAGCACUUUAGAUACAAAGAGGGAUAUCACGGUCCUAACACUGGCAACAUGCACACUGUAGCAGAUCUAUAUGCUGAAGUCAUUGGAGUAUUAGCCCAGUCCAAGUUUCCUGCUGUGAAGAAGAAGUUUAUGACUGAGCUGAAGGAGCUGCGGCAGAAAGAGCAGAGUCCAUAUGUAGUGCAGAGUACCAUUAGUCUCAUCAUGGGGGUGAAGUUCUUCCGAAUUAAGAUGUAUCCUGUUGAGGAUUUUGAAGCCUCUUUUCAGUUCAUGCAGGACUGUGCUCAGUAUUUUCUAGAAGUCAAAGAUAAAGACAUUAAGCAUGCCCUAGCUGGCCUUUUUGUUGAGAUCCUGGUUCCUGUUGCAGCAGCUGUGAAGAACGAGGUGAACGUACCCUGCCUGAGGAACUUUGUGGACAGCUUGUAUGACACAACCCUGGACUUGUCCUCCAGAAAGAAGCACUCGCUGGCUUUUUAUCCGCUUGUGACAUGCCUGCUGUGUGUCAGCCAGAAGCAGUUCUUCCUAAACAGAUGGCACAUCUUCCUCAGCAACUGCCUAUCAAAUCUGAAGAGUAGAGACCCGAAAAUGGCUCGUGUUGCACUGGAGUCCUUGUAUCGACUGCUGUGGGUCUACAUGAUUAGAAUAAAGUGUGAGAGCAACACUGCAACUCAGGGUCGUCUCAACACUAUUGUCACAACACUGUUCCCCAAAGGAUCUCGCAGUGUGGUACCAAGAGACACACCUCUCAAUAUCUUUGUCAAAAUAAUCCAGUUUAUUGCACAGGAAAGGCUGGAUUUUGCCAUGAAAGAGAUUAUCUUUGACCUUCUCAGUGUUGGGAAACCUGCAAAAGCCUUUAGUCUUAAUCCAGAGAGGAUGAAUAUUGGUCUGAGAGCAUUCCUGGUCAUAGCAGAUAAACUGCAGCAGAAGGACGGCGAGCCUCCCAUGCCAAACACCGGCUGCACUUUGCCCUCUGGGAACACUCUCCGAGUGAAGAAGACAUACCUGAGCAAAACGCUGACAGAUGAAGAGGCCAAAGUUAUCGGGAUGUCACAGUAUUAUUUUCAUGUACGGAAAGCUAUUGACAACAUCCUCAGACACCUCGACAAGGAGGUGGGGCGCUGCAUGAUGAUGACCAAUGCUCAAAUGUUGAACAAGGAGCCUGAGGACAUGAUCACCGGUGAAAGGAAGCCAAAGAUCGAUUUGUUUAGGACAUGUGUCGCUGCUAUUCCUCGAAUCCUCCCUGAUGGGAUGUCCAAGCCUGAGCUCAUAGAUCUGCUUUCUCGAUUGACCAUCCACAUGGAUGACGAGCUUCGACUCAUAGCCCAGAAUUCCUUGCAAAGUUUGCUGGUGGAUUUCCCUGACUGGCGUGAUGACGUCCUGUUUGGAUUCACUAAUUUCCUGUUACGUGAGGUCCAAGAUACCCACCAAGGGUUAUUAGAUACAUCACUGAAAUUACUGCUGCAGCUGCUCACACAGUGGCGACUGACCCUUGGUACUGCAGGGAAGAGUCAUGACAAUAGUAAAACACGCACUGUUGAGCUUUUGCAGGCCAGUUCGAGUCUCAAGAUGCCAGCAGAACGAGGUCCUCACUCCACUGUUCUGCAUGCUGUGGAGGGACUGGCUCUUGUACUGCUCUGCUCCUGCCAGCUGAGCACCCGCAGACUUACCAUCACCAUACUGAAAGAGAUACGUAGUCUCUUCAUGACCAUUGGACAGUCUGAGGAUGAUGAAAAACCGAUGAUCGAGAUCAUGGAUCAGCUCAGCCCUGUUAUCCUGGAAAGUUUGGUCAAUGUUGCAGUCUCUGACACAGCCACCCUGCCAGCUGGUCAUCACGUGGACCUUCAGUGGCUCGUGGAGUGGAAUGCAUUGCUCGUCAACAGUCAUUAUGAUAUCAUGAGCUCCUCACAUGUGUGGAUCUUUGCCCAGUCCGUGAAGGACCCCUGGGUGCUCUGUAUAUACAGUCUUCUCAGACAGGACAACUUGCCCAAGCACUGCCCCACAGCUCUCAGCUAUGCCUGGCCAUACGCUUUCACUCGACUGCAGAUGCUCAUGCCUCUUGUAGACCCAAAUAAUCCAGUCUAUGCAAAGAAGACCAGCACCUCUGGCAAUGGGGAUAAUUAUGUAACUCUAUGGAGAAACUACCUGAUCCUUUGCUUUGGAGUGGCAAAGCCCAGUAUCAUGAGCCCAGGCCACCUGAGAGCAUCGACACCUGAGAUCACGGUUCCUACGCCUGACAGUGGUGUCGGCUACGAUAACAAGGUUAUUGGGAGCCCAUCUGUGGCUUGGCUUCUGAAGCAGCUGGUUCCACUGAUGAGAGCAGAGAGCAUCGAGUUGACGGAGUCAUUAGUUCUGGGAUUUGGUCGCACUAAUUCACUUAUAUUCAGGGAGCUUGUGGAGGAGUUACAUCCCCUCAUGAAAGAGGCAUUAGAAAAAAGACCUGAGAAUAAGAAGCGGCGUGAGCGACGGGACCUGCUGAGACUGCAGCUGCUGCGCAUCUUUGAACUGCUGGCUGAUGCAGGUGUCAUUAGUGACAGUACAAACGGAGCUCUGGAACGUGACACCCUCGCUCUUGGAGCUCUUUUCCAGGAGUACGUGGAUCUAACCCGAAUGCUUCUGGAAGCUGAGAAUGACAAAGAUGCCGAGAUCCUCAAGGACAUUCGAGCUCACUUCAGCGCCAUGGUGGCCAAUUUUAUACAAUGUGUACCAGUGCACCACAGGCGCUUCCUGUUUCCACAGCAGAGCCUUCGACAUCACCUUUUUAUCCUCUUCAGUCAGUGGGCUGGCCCUUUCAGUGUCAUGUUCACCCCCCUGGACCGCUACAGUGACAGGAAUCACCAGAUAACAAGAUAUCAAUACUGUGCACUAAAGGCCAUGUCUGCUGUGCUAUGCUGUGGGCCUGUUUUUGAUAACGUCGGCCUCUCUCCAGACGGAUACCUCUAUAAGUGGCUGGAUAACAUACUGGCCUGCCAGGAUCAGCGGGUCCAUCAACUUGGCUGUGAAGUCGUCAUCCUGCUUCUGGAGCUCAAUAAUGACCAGGUCAACCUAUUCAGCUGGGCUGUGGACCGUUGCUACACAGGCUCCUACCAGCUCGCCUCAGGCUGCUUCAAAGCCAUUGCUACAGUCUGUGGCAGCAGAAAAAACUACCCAUGUGAUAUCGUAACGUUGCUGAAUUUGGUGCUCUUCAAGGCAUCAGACACCAACAGAGAAAUCUAUGAGAUUUCAAUGCAGCUAAUGCAGAUUCUUGAAGCUAAGUUAUUCUUGUGCUCAAAGAAAAUAGCAGAACAGAAGCCAAGCAGUAUCCUGUAUGGCACCCAUGGUCCACUGCCACCCCUUUAUAGUGUAUCCCUGCCUCAACUCUCCAGCCAUUUGGCCAGGAUGUACCCUGAACUGACACUUCCUCUAUUUUCAGAGGUUAGCCAAAGGUUUCCCACCACUCAUUCCAAUGGGAGACAAAUCAUGUUAACCUAUCUCCUACCGUGGCUUGGUAACAUCGAGCUGGUGGAUAGUGGCCUACUACUUCCAGUCCUUACUCCGUCCACCCCAAGCUAUGACUCCUGCAGCCAGAUAACCAACACAGAUUCAUCAGCACACCUGAAAGGCACUGGCUGGGGAUCCUUACAAGCCACAUCUAUGGUUCUCAAUAACCUGAUGUUCAUGACAGCCAAGUAUGGAGACGAUCUACCUGGAUCAGAAAUGGAAAAUGCCUGGAAUGCUUUAGUCAGCAACAACAAAUGGAGCAACAACCUGAGAACCACACUGCAGUACCUCAUCAGCUUAUGUGGUGUCAGCAGUGACACCGCUCUUCUCCCAUACAUCAAGAAAGUGGUCAUCUACCUCUGCCGAAAUAACACCAUGCAAACCAUGGAGGAGCUGAUAUUUGAGCUACAACAAACAGAUCCAGUCAACCCCGUGGUACAGCACUGUGACAGCCCUCCUUUCUAUCACUUCACUGCCACAAGCAAAGCCUCUACAGCGGCUUCAGGCACAACAUCAAGCAGCAAUACAGUUGUGGCAGGCCAGGAGAGCUUUCCAGACACGGAUGAUACAAAGACUGUUAAGGAGAAUGAGGAGAGGUUAAGUCAUAUAAUACGAGCACACAAUCGUCUGGAAUCAAGGUACAGCAACAGUUCAGGAGGAUCUUAUGAUGAGGAGAAGAGUGAACCUCUGCCACCCUAUGCUGAUUGGUUGAUGGUUGUUAUUGAGACCAAUCAGCCCCAUCCUCUGCCCAUGCCACUCAGCGGAGGAUGUUGGGCUCCACUGGUGGACUUCUUACCAGAGACCAUCACUCCCAGAGCACCGCUGCACAGGUGUAAUAUUGCGGUCAUCUUCAUGACAGAGAUGGUAGUGGACCACAGUGUGAGAGAGGACUGGAGCAUGCAUCUUCCUUUACUGCUACAUGCGCUGUUUUUAGGCAUGGAUCACUAUCGUCCAGAGGUGUUUGAGCACAGCAAACGUCUCCUCCUCCACCUGCUCAUCACAUUGUCCUGUAAAAACAACUUUCAAGCAAUUGCAUCAGUUUUACUGCAGACACGGGAGAUCAAUGUCACCAAAACUCUCACCUGCAAACCAAGCUUGCAGCCAGAGUAUUCACCCUCAGGAGGUUUUGACUUCCUCCGGGAAUGUCAGGCAUCUCCUGUCCCAGACUCGGGUUUGAGCUCUUCCUCCACGUCAUCCAGUUUGAGUCUUGGGGGCAGCAGCAACAACCUGCCUGAGAUUACACAGGAGAUGGAAGAGCUGGUGGGCUCCAGUAAAACGAAUGAAAAGGCAAACAAACUCAUACAGUUUUUAACCACAAGGCCAUAUGGAUCACUGUGGUGCCAUGAAGAUAUUUCAUCAAAGAACCAAAUUUCAAAAAGCACCGGACAGCUGACAAAUUUCCUGAGACAUGUGGUAUCUGUGUUUAAAGAGUCCAAGUCAGAAUUCCACCUGGAGCAGCAGCUCAGUGAGGUUGCUCUGCAGACAGCUUUGUGUAGUUCAUCCCGUCACUACGCCGGCCGAUCCUUCCAGGUGUUUCGAGCCCUUCGCCAACCCAUCUCUGUGCAUGCUGUGUCCGACCUGCUCUCAAGGCUGGUGGAAGUCAUUGGUGAACAUGGAGAAGAAGUACAGGGUUAUGUGAUGGAAGUCUUACUUACUCUGGAGUCUGUGGUAGAUAACUUGGCUGAAUGUCUCAAGAACAAUGAUCUCAUGGCAAUCCUGACAAGAGCCUCAUCUCCAGAUUUCCUCACUAGUUUUAAGCAGCUGUCCAACAGGAAGAGCACAGGACAGCUUAAUCUUAGGAGAGAGGAGAGGACCAGGCAUCAGAGGAGCUCUUCGGUCCCCAAAAAGUUUGGAGAGGCUGACAGGUUGUCUGACCCACCUCGUAGUGCAACACUGGACCGUAUCCAAGCCUGUGAACAGCAGGUUUUAUUAGCCAAGAGCCGCUGCUCAUCUUCAUCUAAAGACACUGUCACAGACCCAACGAGCAUCAACCACCCCAGCAACCUGCUGGCCACCAUCUUCUGGGUGGCAGUGUCGCUGAUGGAGUCAGACUUUGAAUUUGAGUAUCAGAUGUCUUUAAGGCUUUUGAAUAAACUGCUGGCCAACAUGUCACUGGACAAACAGGAGAACAGAGAGAAGCUGGAGAAACUGCAGAGCCAGUUGAAAUGGAGCAGCUUCAAUGGACUGCAGCAGCUACUGUUAAAAGGCUUCACGUCCAUGUCCACCACUGACUUCACGCUCCAGCUCUUCUGCCAGCUCACACCUGUGUCACGAGUGCCUGUAGUAGACACAUCACAAGCCAUAGGUUUCCCCCUGAAUGUUCUCUGCCUGCUCCCACAUCUUGUGCAGAACUUUGAUGCACCAACACAGUUCUGUCAAGAUGCUGCUGAGAAGAUAGCCCAGGUAUGCCUCGAGGAAAACAAUGCCAAGCUCUCCAACCUCGCUCAUGUCAUGACUCUGUAUAAAACACACUCCUACACACGAGACUGCUUCUCUUGGGUCAGUGUGGUGUGCCGAUAUCUCCAUGAAGCUUUCUCAGACAUCACCCUGAGCCUGGUCACUUACAUGGCAGAGCUACUGGAGAAGGGCCUUCCCAGCAUGCAGCAGACACUCUUACAAAUCAUCUAUAGCCUCCUGAGUCACAUGGACCUGAGUGGAAUUCAAGCAAAACCCUUUAACAUGGAGGUGCUCAAGACAAUUGAGAAGUUUGUCCAGACUGUCCAUUGGAGAGAAGCACUAAAUAUUCUGAAGUUGGUGGUUUCUCGAUCAGCCAGCUUGGUGCAGCCGUCAUUCACACAGAGUGACCUCCCCUAUGAGGACACCAGCCGUAUCUGGGACCGCUCCUCCAAGGCCUUGCCUGGGAAAACACUGGAUUUUCACUUUGACAUAUCUGAGACACCAGUGAUUGGUCGCCGUUAUGAUGAUCUGCAGCGCUCCCCAGGCCACGAUGUGAAGAGUACAAUCACAGCAGCAACUCGUAGCACCUCCUCCACCUCCUCUGGAUCCACCUCAAACAACGUCCUGGUGCCAGUCAGCUGGAAGAAGCCUCAAUCCUCACAGAAAAGAACACGGGAAAAACUGGUGAACGUUUUGUCUUUGUGUGGACAAGAAGUGGGACUCACAAAAAAUCCUUCGGUCAUCUUCUCCAGUUGUGGGGACCUGGACCUCAUGGAGCAUCAGCCCAGCCUAGUGUCUUCUGAUGAAGGGACCCGGGAACUAGACAACAUGGACGACACCACCUCAGAGCAGCAGUUCAGAGUCUUCAGAGACUUUGACUUCCUGGAUGUUGAACUUGAGGAUGGAGAGGAGCUGCAGGGAGAAACUAUGGACAACUUCAACUGGGGUGUGCGUCGGCGCUCUAUGGAUAGUCUGGACCAAAGUGACCUGCAGCCCCUGGAGGAGAGUCAGCUGUCCAGCAGCAUGCCCAGCCUCAGCAAGGUUGCCAAUGAAGACUCAGAUGAAUCAUCUGAAGAGGAUUCCCUGACUGCCAGCCAGAUACUCUCCCACUCCCAGCUUAUUAUCAGCGUCUCUCCAACAGCAGAGAUGAGUAGUAUGGACACGUCCUCUGCCUUAUUUGAUACAACUUCAGCAGAUUCAACUCCUCUGAGCACCACAACUCCCAGUUUCGAGGUCCAACUGCCAGAGGACUCGAAGCAGCGGCACGAAGAGUCACAAGAAGAGGAUAACACAAAUGUCCAUGAAGAGAAUCUGUCUCUCUCCAUCACUGAGCUGCCUCCUGAAUAUCACUGUAGUGAGCGUUUGACAAUGGACUCUGUUUACAGCGAUUACAAAGGAGAGCUGGACCGUGACAGUUGCUUGCCCAGUCUUGCUGAGGAAGAGAGGGACGACGUGCUGGAUUCACGCUCUUCACCGCCACCGUCACCCUUCUUCUCUGCCAUUCUCGCGGCUUUCCAACCGGCAAUUUGCGAUGAUGCAGAGGAGGCCUGGCGAAGCCACAUCAAUCAGCUUGUGUCUGACUCAGAUGGAUCCUGUGCAGUAUACACUUUUCAAGUGUUUUCUUCACUUUUUCACAGUAUCCAGACCAAAUUCUGUUCCUUGACCUGUGAUGCUGUGACUUACCUCAGUGAUAACUUGGGAGGAUUAGGAUCAAAGUUUCUGAGGUCUUCUCAGAUGCUGACAUCAUGCUCAGAGUGCCCAACCCUAUUCAUUGAUGCUGACACAAUAAUGUCUUAUGGACUCCUGGAAAAAAUUAAAUUCAGUGUUUUGGAACUUCAAGAAUAUCUUGACACUUACAACAACCGAAAGGAGGCAGCUCUUACGUGGCUGAACAACUGUAAGGCCACCUUUCCCACGAGUGCUGGAGACACCGUGAUAACGUGUCAACCAGCGGAGCAUGAUGGAAAGCAAAUGGAAUCUCUGGCUCAACUGGAGCUCUGUCAAAGACUCUACAAACUCCACUUUCAGUUGUUGCUGCUUUUUCAGUCCUACUGUAAGCUGAUUGAACAGGUCUAUGCAAUAAGCUCUAUUCCAGAGCUCACAAAUAUGUCCAGAGAGUUAAAUGAGUUGAGGAGUAACCUGAGGGUAGCAGCAGCCUCAGUGGCAAAUGAAGAGGUUGCUGCCUGUCAGAGCUCCAGCUCUGAGCCCAUCUUCAGCUCUUCUGAAGCUGCUGUGCAGGCCAUCCUUGACGGUCUGAAGAACAAUGAGUUUCCAACAGCCAUUUGCUACAUUCGUCAGUGCAGAACAACGUGGCCCAAUGAUAUCUUUGGCAGCCAGUCGGAUGAUGAGGUCCAAACACUGUUGAACAUCUAUUUCAGACAUCAAACUUUGGGCCAGACGGGAACAUUUGCUCUGGUGGGCUCAAAGCAGGACCUCACAGAAAUCUCUGUCAAGCUCAUGGAACUUAACGGAGAGACUCGAGACAUGAUCCGGCGAGCCCAGGGCUACAGAGCAAUCACAGCUUUUCUUCCAGACUCCAGGGUUUCAGGGUCAACUCUCUGAUGGUGGUCUAGCAAUGUGUGGCACAUUUGACUGCACAGCACAUACCAUCUCUUCCUGUCUGGGGCAGCUGCUAUCAUUUAAGUUACUAACAAGAACUCAGCUCUCUCAUGGGAAUAACCAAAACCUUAUUUCCUCUUUUUUCUCUGUGUGAAUCUGAAUGUCAUGAAUUCAGAUCUUUAAAUGUGCAGCAACACGUUUUUACUCAGAGUGACUUUGCUGUUCUAACAAAGUUUUUCUUGCACUAAUAUCAGAAACCAUCACAAUGCUACCACACUAUCAGCUGUCCUAUUUAACAAACAACAAACCAAAGCUAAGUGAUUACCUGUCCGUAGUGUUGUUUUUAUUAUUAAGGGAAAAUGUGCAAUUAUUCACUGAAGUGGAAGACCUUUUCUGUCUCCUAAAAGAAUGUAUUUGAGUAUCAUAACAUUGGAAAACACUGUUAGAUAAGACAAAGGGAGGGAUCAUUACUUUGUUAAUGCAGUGGGUCCCUUGUGUGUGUUUGUGUGUGCGUGCCGAUAUGUGGUGAGUGUGCUAGAAUGUGUGAAUUAAGUUAUGACGACCAUCAUAGAUGGAAUUAUUGAUUCUGAUGUGUAUGAGUGGUUCUUGUCAAACUACACGGACAUGCUGCAAAUCUACUGUAAUGUCUCAAACCUACAUGCUGCUGUGGGUUAUCUGUUACUUAAAACAUCUUACUGUACCUUUAAACUGUGCAGCUUUUUGCAAAUAGGUAAAUUAUUUAUAUUUUAUGCAAGAGAAAGUAUGCUUUUAUCACACUAGAUUUAUAGAAUACAAAUAUUUAGUUUAAUCUUUAAAACUUGCCAAGCUUGCAAUUUGAUGUACUAUAAAAUGAACAGCAAUGUUUAUGAACAAAUAUUGAAACUAUUUUAACGGAAUAAUUGUACAUAGUGAAAUAGAGGUUUUGCUCAGACUCAUUGUGUUUUUAUGAAAAUAAACUUUGGCUUGCUUGGAAAAUUAGUACCUACAUAUUUGUAAAGCUUCCACAAGAUCUCAUAGCCUCUUGCUUUGUAAAUACAUCUGCCUUCGCAAUGUACUGUAUUUUGGUGUUCUGUACACAUAUGUAACAAUAAACCUUACAUUUGUUAAA